AUGGCAGCAACCAUCUUCGGAGUACCUCUUAAAUGGGUUUCUCUUGUUACAUUAGUAGUUCAAAACUCUGCUUUGGUCUUGGUUAUGCGCUAUGCUCAGACACUGCCCGGUCCUCGCUUUCUAACCUCCACUGCGGUCGUCAUGUCCGAAUUUAUCAAGCUCUCUGUAUCUUUAAUCGUUCAUAUUAUUGAAGAACGUCGUACUACUGGCAUCUCCGCCCAUAAACUUUUUCUCAGCCUCUUUGGUCCAAAUUCCGAUUGGGUUAAAAUGACCGUUCCUGCUAUUCUUUACUUUAUCCAAAACAAUCUACAAUAUGUCGCUGUUCAUUUGCUUGAUGCUGCCACGUUUCAGGUCACUUAUCAGAUGAAAAUCAUCACUACAGCCCUAUUCUCUGUAUGGCUGUUGAAUAGAUCCUUGACAGGCUUGAAAUGGAUAUCGUUGGGACUGUUGACGAUGGGAAUCGCGAUUGUCCAGCUGGCUGGUAGAUCUGCGUCAAAUGAAAAUGCUACUGUUGCAACAGAUGCCGAACCUGAUUUGAAUGUGGUUCUCAAUACAGAUCGAUUUCUGGGUUUGAUUGCUGUCACUGUGGCAUGUCUUUUGUCUGGCCUUGCUGGUGUUUGGUUUGAAAAGGUGCUCAAGGGCACAAGUGCAUCCCUUUUUCUUCGCAAUGUUCAGCUCAGUCUUUUCAGCGUAAUCUCUGGUCUUAUUUUUGGUGUGUACAUGAUAGACGGAGCCGCCAUUGUUGAGGGCGGAUUUUUUCAAGGAUACACGGUGUGGGCCUGGGCAGCUAUCAUUUGCCAAGCUGUAGGCGGUCUUAUUGUUGCUGUGGUUGUCAAGUAUGCCGAUAAUAUCCUCAAGGGAUUUGCUACAUCAAUUGCCAUCAUUUUGUCUUCAGUAGCGUCGGUAUUUAUUUUUAAUUUUGAGAUUUCUGCUGGAUUCAUGUUUGGAUCUGGGCUAGUUCUUUACGCUACACAUCUAUACAGUAAGCCUGACAAUACAAAAUCGAUUGUAUCUGCCAAAUCAGAUGUGCGGUAUGUCAAGCUAGAAGCGGGAUUAAAAUAGGAUGCAUCUAAUAGUAAAUGCAUUCGUGACACUAAUUACAACCGUAUUCACGUAAAAUGGAGCACUCCUGUAUCCAGCAGUCUUUAUUUUGCUUUGAAAUAAAUAUGGUCAACUGUCUGCUA